UUUCAUUAGCCACCUAAAAAUAAAAGUAAGAAGGGUAAGAAGAAGAAGUCUGCAAAGUCUAAAACACCUACAGUAAUUGAUGGUAUUUCAACUGAAGAAAUGACUAAAGAACAGUUGGAGGAGCAUAUUGGACGCUUACGUGAGGAAUUGGACCGAGAGAGGGAGGAAAGAAACUACUUCCAACUGGAAAGAGAUAAAGUGAAUACGUUUUGGGAGAUUACCAAGCGGCAACAGGAAGAAGCAAAAGCAGAACUCAGGAACAAAGACAGGGAAAUGGAGGAUGCUGAAGAACGACAUCAAGUUGAAAUCAAGGUUUAUAAACAGAAAGUCAAGCAUCUUUUGUACGAGCACCAAAAUAACAUUUCAGAGCUGAAGGCGGAAAGUGCAGUUGCUAUCAAACUGGCACAGGAUGACCAUCGGGGUCAGGAAUCAGACUUACGCAAAGACAAACGUGGUCUGAAAGUCUCCCUCAAAGACCAGGAACUAGCACAUGAGGAUAUCAUCAAAAAUCUUAAAAUCAAACAUGAUGAGCAAGUCACCUUCCUAAGGGAUGAAUUUGAACGAGAAGCCAGAGAAAUUGAAGCAAAAUAUGAGAAGAAAAUGCGAAUGUUAAGGGAUGAACUCGAGUUGAGGAGGAAAACCGAAAUUCAUGAGAUUGAGGAACGAAAAAACGGUCAAAUCAACACGCUUAUGAAGAACCAUGAGAAAGCAUUCAGUGACAUCAAAAAUUAUUAUAAUGAUAUAACCCUGAAUAACCUGGCUCUUAUUAACUCUCUUAAGGAACAAGUGGAAGAAAUGAAAAAGAAGGAAGAAAGAAUGGAGAAACAGAUGAAUGAAAUCCAACUGGAGAAUAAGAGGUUGAAGGAGCCUCUGGAGAAAGCCCGGGAAGAGGUGGCGGAACUACAAAGACAACUAGCAAAUUACGAAAAAGACAAAGCUUCACUUGCAAGUGCCAAGGCUAGGUUGAGAGUGAUGGACCAGGAGUUCAAAAAUUUACAAUGGGAGCAUGAAGUGCUGGAGCAGAGGUUUGAGAAGAUGCAACAUGAGCGAGAUGAACUGUAUCGCAAGUUUGUGAAAGCUAUCCAUGAAGUUCAGCAGAAGAGCAACUUCAAGAACCUCUUGCUGGAAAAGAAGCUUGUAGCUCUUGCAGAUACUCUAGAGAAGAAAGAGGCACAGCUGAAUGAGGUCCUCUCAGCCUCGAACCUUGAUCCAACGGCUUUGACAGUAGUUACCAGAAAACUUGAGGAUGUCCUUGAUUCAAAGAACAGUGCAAUUAAGGAUCUGCAAUAUGAACUUGCAAGAGUUUGCAAAGCACACAACGACCUCCUUAGGACUUACGAGUCUAAGCUACAGACGUUUGGCGUUCCAACAGAAGAGCUGGGCUUCAAGCCGCUUGAAAGUACAGUUGGAGGACAGCAGCUAGGCCAGGGAUCAGCAGGACUUGUUGCAGCUCCAACCUAGGAAUUCUAACACAAUAGCUCUGAACUUUUUUAUGAAUGCAGAUUAAAUGUCAAUAUAGAUACAUAAUACAUGGUUAAGAUGCAUCCUGUAUAAUUCCUAUUGCUUCUUUAUUGCUCUAUUUCAAUGUACAUAUUAUUAAUUAUAUCAUAUUAAAAUAAAUUCUAAUACCUCCUUAUUGUAUAGUCAUUUGGUUCCAGUAUGUGACAGCUUUUGUUUGAUUAAUAAAACUAUACCUUGAUGUAAUAUAUGUAUCUA